UCUGGAAUGUUUACGCGUAAUUAGCCUGUGUAUUAAUUACCUCCGAGCCAAAAUGACUACUUCUAACACACUUUGGGCAAAACUCUAGCGUUGUUUUGCUGGUUAAGCUAAAGCUAGUUAGAGCCGACUUUGACAGGUGGUGGGAGAACUGCGUUGAUGCAGACAUGGCCACUCUCUAUGUGUCCCCUCACACGGAUGACUUCAGGAGCCUUUUGGCUCUUAUGGCAGCACAAGUGUGUCCUGCUCUGUCCUUGAAGGUUGUCACAGAAGAGCCCCCUGCCUCCCUGAAUGACCGACCCACACCUAUUCUGGUUUUGGGUCCUGGAGAAGGUAACACCGUUCUCAGUGGGUCAAGCGCUGUGGCCUGGUACUUGGCAUCUCUGGGAAAAAAGGCAGGUGUAGAUGCCAGGCAGCAGAGUCAAGUGUGGCAGUGGCUUAACUUUGCUGCCAAUGAGCUCAUCCCUGUGGGAUGUGCGGUGGUGUUCCCCCUGAUGGGGAUGAUGGCCGCCGAUAAGAAGCUCCAGCAGAGUUCCAAGGCAGAGUUGCUACGUGUGAUGAAGGUUUUCGACAAAAUGUUGGAACCGAUAACCUUCCUGGUGGGAGAGGGGUUGAGUCUGGCGGACAUGGCUGUGGUUGCUGCUGUUCUACUGCCAUUCAAAUAUGCUUUGGAGCCGGCAGAUAGGAAGGGCUUGGCCAACCUGACCCGCUGGUUUACUACCUGCAUCAACCAGCCAGAGUUAUUGAAGGUGCUCGGGAAGAUCACUCUUUGCGAAAAGAUGGAGCCUAUUACACCUAAAACUAACCCAGUACCUCCAGCCACUUCAGCUGCUGACACCACUGAAGCUGCUACGAAUGGACCACCCAAGACAGAAGCACAGCUAAAGAAAGAGGCAAAGAAAAGAGAGAAGCUUGAGAAAUUCCAGCAGAAGAAAGAAAUGGAGGCCAAAAAGAAAACACAACCUCCAGCGGAGAAAAAGGCUAAACUUGAGAAGAAGGAGCUUGGAGUUAUAACAUACAACACACCGACUCCCAUUGGAGAGAAGAAAGAUGUUGUCAGUCCACUUCCAGACUCCUACAGUCCUCAGUAUGUGGAGGCUGCUUGGUAUCCAUGGUGGGAGAAGCAGGGGUACUUCAAGCCGGAGUAUGGGAGAAAGAGUGUCAGUGAGAAAAACCCUCGCGGCAUCUUCAUGAUGUGCAUCCCUCCUCCGAACGUGACUGGAUCGCUGCACCUGGGUCACGCACUCACCAACGCCAUUCAGGACUGUCUGACCAGAUGGCACAGGAUGCGAGGCGAGACCACCCUGUGGAACCCGGGCUGCGAUCACGCGGGCAUCGCCACACAGGUGGUGGUGGAGAAGAAGCUGAUGAGGGAGAGGGGCAUGAGCCGACAUGACCUGGGCAGAGAGGAGUUUAUCCAGGAAGUUUGGAAAUGGAAGAACGAAAAGGGAGACAGAAUCUACCAUCAGCUGAAGAAGUUGGGUUCCUCUCUGGACUGGGACAGGGCCUGCUUCACCAUGGACCAAAAACUUUCCUAUGCAGUCCAGGAGGCUUUUAUUCGCAUGCACGAUGAAGGCGUGAUCUACAGGAGCAAGAGGCUCGUGAACUGGUCCUGCACACUCAACUCUGCCAUCUCUGACAUUGAAGUGGACAAGAAGGAGCUGACGGGAAGGACUCUGCUGCCUGUGCCGGGGUACAAAGACAAAGUUGAAUUUGGAGUGUUGGUGUCUUUUGCCUACAAAGUGGAUGGAUCAGACGAGGAGGUUGUCGUGGCUACUACUCGUAUUGAAACCAUGCUGGGAGACACAGCCGUAGCAGUCCACCCUCAGGACGCCAGGUACCAACAUCUGAAGGGCAAAAUGGUGCUGCAUCCCUUCUGUGACCGGAAGAUGCCCAUCGUGUUCGACGACUUUGUGGACAUGGGCUUUGGAACAGGCGCUGUGAAAAUCACACCAGCUCAUGACCACAAUGACUACGAGGUUGGAGUGAGACACAACCUCGCCUUCAUCAACAUCUUGGAUGAGAAUGGGAUGCUGAUCAAUGUGCCCGCCCCUUUCCUGGGCAUGAAGCGCUUUGAUGCCAGAAAAGCCGUCCUUCAAGCUCUGAAGGACAACGGGCAGUUUAAGGAGAUCAAGGACAACCCCAUGAUUGUCCCAAUGUGCAGCCGCUCCAAAGACAUUGUGGAGCCCCUGCUGAAGCCACAGUGGUAUGUCAGCUGCACAGACAUGGGCAAACAGGCCGCAGACGCGGUCAGAGAAGGGCGACUCAAGAUCAUCCCAGAUCACCAUCUCAAGACCUGGUUCAACUGGAUGGACAACAUCAGGGACUGGUGCAUCUCCCGGCAGUUAUGGUGGGGCCACCGCAUCCCGGCCUACUUCGUCACAAUCGACGACCCGUCGGUGGCAGCUGGAGAGGACAUGGACGGUCAUUACUGGGUGAGUGGGAGAACAGAAGAGGAAGCCAGAGAGAAGGCGGCCAAACGAUUUCGUGUGUCUGCAGACAAAGUGACUCUCAGACAAGAUGAGGAUGUCCUCGACACGUGGUUCUCAUCUGGCAUUUUCCCCUUCUCCAUCUUUGGCUGGCCUAAUGAGACCGAAGACCUGAACGUUUUCUACCCGGGCACGCUGCUGGAGACGGGCCACGACAUCUUGUUCUUCUGGGUGGCACGCAUGGUGAUGAUGGGCCUGAAACUGAUGGGCAAGCUGCCCUUCAAGGAGGUGUAUCUGCACGCUGUGGUGCGAGACGCCCACGGCAGGAAGAUGAGCAAGUCUCUCGGGAACAUCGUCGACCCCCUGGACGUCAUCACUGGAAUCUCUCUCGAGGGUCUUCAUGCCCAGUUGCUGAUGAGCAACGUGGACCCUCAGGAGGUGGAGAAAGCCAAGCAGGGCCAGAAGUCCGACUAUCCCAACGGCAUUCCUGAAUGCGGCACCGAUGCUCUUCGCUUUGCUUUGUGCUCUUACACAAGUCAGGGACGAGACAUCAACCUCGAUGUCAACCGUAUCCUAGGUUACCGCCACUUCUGCAACAAGCUGUGGAACGCUGUGAAGUUUGCCAUGCGAACUCUGGGAGAGAACUUUGUGCCGUCAGAGAAAGCCCAGUUGUGUGGCGAGGAGAGCGUGGCAGACAGGUGGAUCCUGUCUCGCCUCAGCGCUGCUGUUGCUCUCUGCGACUCCGGCUUCAAGGCCUACGACUUCCCCACCAUCACCACUGCGAUCUACAACUUCUGGCUGUACGAGCUGUGCGACGUCUACCUGGAAAGCGUGAAGCCAGUCUUCAGCAAAGCUGAUGGAGACAACACCAGCCAGCGGGAGGCGCUGGUGUGCAGACAAACUCUCUACACUUGCCUGGAGGUCGGCCUGCGACUCCUCUCUCCCAUGAUGCCCUUCGUGUCAGAGGAGCUGUACCAGCGGUUGCCACGGCGACGGCCUCAAACUGACCCCCCCAGCAUCUGUGUGACAUCUUAUCCUGACACGGAGGAGAUCUGCUGGAACAGUGAGGACGUGGACCGGGACAUGGACUUUGCCAUGAACGUGGUCAAGACGAUUCGAUCACUGAGAGCCGACUACAACCUGACCAAGACCAGAGCUGACUGUUACCUGCAGUGCAGCGACUCGGCCACUGUGGCUCUGCUGCAGAGGUUCACUCUGCAGAUCCAGACACUGUCGUACUGUCAGGCUGUCGUCCCGCUGGCUGCUGACCAGGCCGUCCCUGAAGGCUGCGCGGUGGCCAUCGCCUCCGACAGAUGCACCGUCAACCUCAUGCUCAAGGGUUUGAUUGACGUGGAGAAGGAAGUGGCCAAACUGCUGACCAAGAAAGGAGACCUGGAGAAGCAGAUGGAGAAGCUGAAGGAGAAGUUGGCCAAGAGUGAUUAUCGAGAGAAAGUUCCAAUGAAGGUCCAGGAGCAGGACGCAGAGAAGCUGCGUCAGAGUCAGACAGAGCUGGAGAAGGUCCAAGAAGCCAUCGGCAACUUCAGGAAGAUGAUGUAACUACUCGGAUUAGCGGGUCGAUCACACAGAAGUCACCAACUUUAUUUUCCGCCUCACUCACUAAUUUCCAACAGAUGAAAUAGUUGCUAAAAUCAGGUUACAAAGAACAAAAGCGAAGAUGAAUCAUGAAGCUGAGUGGUGUGGAGUGGAGUCUGGGAAUGCUUGAGCAACAUCUUUUUAAUAAAUGAAUCCUUCUCAACAUCUGAAGCCUAGGAUUUUGUUUCAUCUCUCCUUUUCCAGUCCACUGUGUAAUGUAGGCGGAUCUGAACUUGAAAUUACCGUAAUAUUGACGCUUCCAAAUCGCUCACUUUUAAUCCCUUUGAUAGUUGACAAAAGCGCCUUGAUCCCAGAGGUGCCUGCUCACCGCUUCAAGAAUGAUACAACUUACACAUAUAUCUUAACAUUAAAAAGCCUUUUACAUUUUAACUGUUAGAGAGC